AUGCCACUAGGCUGUCCGACCAAAAUUCGUCUAUCUAACACCAGCACAAAGCUGAAAAUCACUGUGUUAAAGUUUAAUCAUAAUCAUACAGUUGAACCACCAAAGGUAAAAUGUUAUUCACGUAAUCGUCGUUUAGAUAAUAAUACAAUUGAAAUGAUAAAAAAAUAUGAUAAUCAUAAAGUUCCACGAAGUAUUAUACCUAACAUCGUCAUGAGUGAAAAUUAA